AUGAAGGACACGACAGAACUUGUGGAAAAAGUUUUCCAUAUAGGAUUAAUUGUGAAUAACAUUAUACAGCACACAAAAAGUUUUGAUAACUUUCAAGAACUUCGACUAGUCAAUAAAUUGUUCAAUAAAGGAUGCAUAGCAGCACUACAAAAAUCCCAUGAAAAAGUCACAAUUGAAGCAAACGAACAAAAUCGAUUCCCAUUUAUAUUUUUCAACGAGGAUGAAAUUAAAAUGAAUAAAGGGGUUACUGUCAAUAAAAAAUAUUGUACAGAACAUAAAUUUUAUGAGCAUUUAAAGUUCUUAAAAACCUUGUGCAAUGUGAGGGUAAAAAAACUCGAAGUGAAGAAAAUGAAUAGUUUGAAACACUGGGAUCUUACGAAUGCUCAUAAAAUUAUCAUGGAAGAACUCAUUGGAGAUUAUAAGUUUUUAGAAAUAUGUGGUAGAAUCACAGAAUUCAUUGGAAUGGACUGUUUAUGCCCGAGAGGAUGCAAACAUUGUACAAUGAUAGCUGAAAAAUGCCAAAAAUAUGGCCCACUUCAAUUUCAUAUGAUGACUGAAAGCCGAGUCAACGAGAAACAUUUUAAGGAGUUGAUUAUUUCUGAUAAACUGCUCCAUUUCAUUGCCGAUCUAUCAAUUGAAAAAAUGGAAACGUCACAAAGUGUACUGAAAUAUGCCCAUGAUUUUAUUCCAUCUUUCACAUGUGAUCAUCUUAUUCUUGUACUCCACAAGCCAAAACAUCGAUUUUUUAUGAGAGAGAAUUCAAGAAUACACACUGUGCCGCGUGAAAUUUUAUUCGAAUUUUUGAGAAAGUUGAAACCAAUAUCAAUUGAAUUGAAAUUUGAAACCAUCAGUGAUGACAUCAAUUUGCACUUAACCCAUUUUAACUAUCAUCGUGGACAUUUCAACGAUCUAGACUUCUACGGACUUGAACGAGAAGGAUUCCAGGAUUUGAACUUUUCGUCUCUUCACAUUAAUAUGACAAAUGUAGUUAAAGAAGAAGUAGAAUAUGGUAGAAUAAUUAAUUGUGCCAGACUUUUAUUCCCAACGGCGAAACUCAAAAUAUCAAGUCUGGGAAUCUUUCUUCAACGGAAAGUAAUAUUAUUGACAUAA